CAAAUCUCAAUCGUCAGCGACGCCGUUGCUUUUUCAACAUUGAACAUGUGAUUAGUUAUGGGAAUACCUAAUAAAGUCUAUGUGAGUGUGUGUGUGUGUUUUUUUUUUCAUGACAUCAUCACGGAAUUAAAUGUUUUGUGUGUGAGACUUCAUUCCAUGUUCCAACGAAUUCGUUUUCGAGAAGUAGCGAAGCAAUUAAGUUGAUUCGAUGCUUUCAAUCGAUGUAAACAAGUCGAAAAGAGUGCAAGUGAAUUUUUAAAGCUGAAAACAGAAAAUACGAAGAUUUUGUCGUGUUUAGUGUGUGAACGAAACCACGAAAAAUGGUGAAAGUUUUAAUAAUUCAGUGUAUUAUUUUGGGUUUGUUGAGCAUCAGCAGUGGCGCAACUCCGUUGAACAAUGAAAAGGCGGGCACACUGAAUGUGGCUGUAAUUGGAGCUGGACCAUCGGGGCUUGUGAGUGCAAAAUAUGCACUUGAACAAGGUUUUAAAGUAACCGUUUUCGAGCAAGGUGAAGAAGUCGGCGGCAUCUGGGUGUAUACAGAUAAAGUUGGCAAAGAUAAAUAUGGAAAUAAAAUCCAUACCGCGAUGUAUAAGGGUUUGAGAACCAACUCACCCAUUUAUUGUAUGGAAUUCAAAGAUCAUCAUUAUCCAAAAGAUACAAACAACUAUCCAACGUCAAAUGUGGUGCUAAAAUUCCUGCAAUCCUAUGCGGAUCGUUUCAAUCUGAGGAAGUACAUCAAGUUCAGUCGUCAGGUCAUUCGUGUUGUUCCACUCGAAAAUGAUAAAUGGGAAGUGCUCGUCAAAGAUUUGCCAAAUAAUAAAUAUGAAUCGAAAAUUUAUGAUGCCGUUUUCGUUUGCAAUGGACAUUUCACAUCGCCACGUACGCCAGUGGUUGAAGGUGCGAAAAAAUUCCGAGGAAAAUUGAUGCAUAGCCAUGAUUUCCGCACCAGUGACACAUUCCGUGGCGAAGAGAUUCUGGUUAUUGGCGGCGGUUCCAGUGGCACCGAUUUAGUUACUCAUCUGUCUGGUGUUGCUAGCCGAUUAACGUUGAGUACCAAAAAAAUGGCGAAUGAAACGAAAGAAGAACGUGCAAGACGUCGUAGUUUAUUGCCAAAAGUUGUAACACUAAAAGACAAUGUUAGACGUUUCACACCGAACGGAGCCGAAUUUAUCGAUGGCACUCGUGAAAACUAUACGGUGAUCUUCUUUGCCACGGGAUACCAAUAUUCUUAUCCAUUUUUGAGCGUUGAUUCAGGCAUUCAUGUCACCGAUAAUUUCAUUCAGCCGCUGUACAAACAAGUUUUCAACAUUGAUCAUCCAACAAUGGCUUUUAUUGGUGUACCUACAUCGGCCAGUAAUUUCAUGAUGUUUGACCUUCAGGCACGAUUCGCGAUGAAGUUCAUUUCUGGUGAGAAGAAAAUGCCGUCAAAGUAUGAUAUGUUGAAUGACAUGUGGACCCAGACGGAAAAUCAUUGGAACAAAGGAUAUCGUGUGCAUUAUUCACACUAUUUGGGACCAGAACAAAAAGCAUACUAUAAACAACUCGCGGAUACGGCCAACAUUGAAAACAUUCCGGAUGUGAUUGGCAGCAUUCAUUGGGAUGCGCAUAAUGAAGCCAUUGAAGAUCCGUCCGGAUAUCGAAACACCAAGUACACUAUAAUCGAUGAUAAGACGUUUAUCAAGGAAAGAUUAGAUGAAAAUUCGACUGAUUUUUUGAAACAACAAUAGAUCCAUCUCUUGUUAUAAGAUAUUUAGUAUAAAUAGUGGACAAUCAACUGCAGUAAUAAAAUUUGGCAUUUUAUUUUUCGUCGAGAAAAAAUAAAACACUUGAAAAUGCUGAGUACAUCUUA